GAUUUCUUGGGUUGCUGAUGAAGGGAAAGUGUGGUUCCAGAUGUCGCUGACUUCCUUCCUCCUCCUAAAUAUCUAACCGGGGGCGGGGGGCAUUUUUACACGCACCCUCGAAAAGCCACGGAGCCGAGGAGCUGGUUUAGUUCUGGAGACACGGCCGAUCAGUUGGAAGCAACGAGAAGAUCAGGAUGAAGAUCGUUGUGCUGAUGCUGUGUCUUCAUCACACGGCGGCUUCUUCUUCUUCUUCUUCUUCUUCUUCUUCAGCUCAGGAGUGUCCCUCCACCCAGAGCCUGCUGAACUUACUGCGGCAGGUGGAGAAGAUGCUGGUGGUCCACGAGGCCUCGUACCAGCAGGGCCUGCGCUCCCUUAGGAUGAAGAUCAGUGCCCUGCACAACAGGACCGGCGCUUCAUGCUCCAAACUGGAGCCCCCCCCUCACGGACGCAGGCUGGGCCGGGUGUUUGGCGUGGGCCACGAGGUCCACUUCCUGUGCAGGCCCGGAUUCGAGCUGAUCGGCUCGAGGACGCGGGUGUGCUUGGAUUCCCAGAGGUGGAGCGGCCAGCAGCCCAUUUGCAGACGCUUCAACAGCACCGGGAACUUCUUGGCCUCCUUCUCUCCUGCUCCUUCCUCCUCACCUUCUCCUUCUUCACCUACUCCUUCCUGGUCUUCGUCCCCCACGUCUUUGUCCCCACCCUCCUCCGUCCGCCAGUCUCACUGCACUCACUUUCUGGGCUCCACCCGCUGCACCUGUGACGUGGGCUUCACCAUCUCAGGCCGCGACAACAACAUCUGCACAGACAUCGACGAGUGUCUCCUCUUCCCUCUCGGGCGGCUCUGCGUCCAUCGCUGCGUCAACACUCCCGGCAGCUUUCACUGCCUCUGCCCGGCUGGCUACGACCUCUCUGGGGAGGGUCGCGGUUGCACAGACGUGGACGAGUGCGAGAAGCAGUUGCACGACUGCGCGGCGGAGGAGAUGUGCGUGAACACUUUCGGGGGGUUCCGGUGCGUGAGGGUGGAGUGCCCUCGCAUGAUCAACGCCACCUACAUCAAGACCUCGCCAAUGCGCUGUGAGAGGAACCCGUGCAUGCUGGGAGACAAGGCCUGCACUCAGGCGCCCAACUCCAUCUCCUUCCACUUCCUGUCUGCGGUGUCCAACAUGUCCACCCCCCGCGUCCUCUUCCGUGUGUCAGCGGCCCGCGUCCUGGGCGACACGCUGCGUUUCGGCCUGGCAGGGGGGCGGGGCCACUUCAGUGUGCAGCGCUCUGGCCGGCAGACCGGUGCCCUCCUGUUGGUGGCGCCCAUUGAGGGUCCCGCCACCCUGGAGGCCGAGGUGGAGAUGAGCGAGCUAGAGCGCCACAACCUGCUGGGCCGCUACCUCACCAAGGUCACGCUGUUUGUUUCCCCGUAUGGGUUUUAGGGCGGGGGGGGGGGUAAGGGUUCAAAGGGGUCACCAGAGACAUUAUUCACACUACAAUCAGUUAGAAAUGUAAAAUGUUAAUGUCAGAGAGAGUCUGUGUGCUGUGGGUGUUUAUUAUUUUAGAGGGAAUAACAAAGGGAGGUUUGGACUCAAAGUGUUGCAACUUCCACUUUCAUCAAGUGACAUCAAGGUCAUCGGUGAAUGAACAAGUUCCUGUUGUAACAAAGCCCUUCAAAAUAAAUAAUUAUCUUCACAUUUAAGUUUAGGGGCUAAGCAUCACAUCUUUUGUCUCUUAUAUCCUGUUCAAUGUAAAAUCUCUCAUAUUGUCUGUGUUGAUGUGGCCGUCUAUUAUAUUAUAUUUUCGAGGAGAUUUGCUCAAUAUUUAAAUACCUCCAUAGCAAAGACAAUUACAACGUGAGAAACAGAGCAAAGUCAAAUAUAUUUUCUUUCCAUGUGUUUAAAAGAGCUUUAGCGUUUAAAGUUUUUUUCCAGGUUUUCGUCACAAUUUUUAUUAUUAUUAUUUUUUUUUUAUUUAAAAUUAAAGUCAAUGUUUAGUUCAGUAACUUUAAUGUUUUAGGGGGUUGCAGGUAACAAAACUAUAAUUUUUAUUUAUUUAAUGAAGCUGUUAAAUAGAGACUUAGAGCCCACAUCAGAGGGGGAAACAAGUCAGGGGCUUUGUCACUGAAGGUCGUCAAAGCUAUUAGCGCGUUACGACCCAUAUUUACACAUAUGGUUGGGCAGUGCCCUCUAGUGGCCGCAGCAGUCAUGAUGGAGCAAAGGUCAGGUGACUGUCUAAAGAGAACGAACACAAUUUUGACCCAGUGGAACACUGUUAUGUUACCUGACUUAAAUCAGACCUGUUGUAACCAGUGAGUGAAAUUCACAAGGGAGGGAGGAGGGGGGUUGAACCACUGAGAGAUUCACUGUUUCUGUAUAACUUCUUCUGUGUAUAAGAUCUAGCCACGAGUUAAAGAGUUUAAUAAAUCCAUACAAAAGUG